GUUCAUUGUAUCUAGUUGUGAUAUUUAUAUUAGCAACAUAGAGAAUAAACAACUAAAGUAGGUGUCCUGAAAGUUGACAUAGUUUCGAAUCGUAUUGAUGCUUUAAAACCAGGAUAUGACAUUAAUUUAACACGACGUAUCACAUGAAGACAUAUCUCGGGCAGGGUUGUUGAUAUUGAAUAAUCUGACAAAUGGAUAUAAUAACUACUAUUUUUAGACACGUGUGCGUUGCUAUGUGAGUAAUACACGAUUGAAAUAACGAAAACAACAAUCCCCUCAGCCUGCAGAACAACUUUGCCCCAUUUUAGAAAGGAAAGCAUUGAAGUUAUACACAACAACAAUAUGGCAUCUGUCGGCCAAAAUGAGGCUAGAGAAAUGUCAAACAGCUUCGACAAACAUUUUGGAGUGAAAGCACCAGAAAGACAUAAAGUUCCUGAUAGCUUUACGAUACCAAAAGAUGACCCAACAUUUGUACAAUAUAUUAGGGAAAGAGAUGAAGCCAGAGAGGAGUUGAGACUGAAGAACGAUGAGUUGACUAAGUAUAAAAGUAAAAACUAUGAUCUGAAUAACGAAAUUGAAGAACUGAAGAGUCAGAUAUCGCUCUUGAAAGAAGAAAAAGAACUAAAAAAGACGGUCACAAGUGUGACAAAGACGAUGACCAAAAAAGCAAAAGGAAUGAAUAAAAAAGAUUCAAACAAGGAAGAUGAACAACCAUCUGUUAAAAACAAAAUAAAGAUUCAAAUAACAGCGUCUACCCCGACAUCAAAUGAGCACCACCCAAUCAUACCAGGCAUGGAUCAUAUAACAUCAGAUUCAUUCACAUAUUACUCACAUUUGGCGCAACUAUUUCCAAAUAUGAGACUUUCUGUACUCAUUGACGCUGAGAAAAAGUUCUGCAAGGCAGACGAAAAUAAAGACGGGACUAUAGACUGUAAUGAGUUGGAGAAGAUGCUUACAACGAGUAGCACAAUGUUCACAAAGAAACAGGUACAAGAAAUACUUAAAGAGGUAGACAAAGACAACACAGGGACACUUGACUUCAUAGAAUCACUCACUAUCAUAGACAAGCUUUACCAACCAGGAAAAAAGACUAAUUUGCCUGCAUCUGUAGCCAAUAAUAAAAGUACAAUGUGUCUCAUACAAUGAUACGACAGUGGCACAGCGUUCGAAAAAUACAAUGUGUCUAAUGCAAUUGGCGCGACGAUGGUACAGGGCGUUCAAAAUGUAUGGAUCAUUUUACUAAUUAUUGUCCCAUUGCUUUAUCAAGUUCAUGAAGUUUCAAAAGUAAAACAUAUUUGACCUCAUUUUACCACAUUUCGUGAUAAUCAACAUACGAUGUAAUAUCAAUGGAGUCAUUGUCAUUGCCAUAGGUCAGAAAAAUUAGCAAUAAUUAUACGCCCUGUAUACCAUCUGCCUAAUAAUCACCAAGAGAUAUCCAAACAAAUCCAUGACAAACAAAUAUGAAAGUGAACUGAACCACUCUGGGUUGGGUGUGAUCGACUGCACAUGUACACAUUUUUUAAUAACUAAAAGUAUUUAUUCAAAGUUCCUUACAAAACCAUGAAAUUGGCAAUAUAUAAACGAGAUCUACAGUAUUAAUAAUAAAUAUAAAUGUAGAUUUAAAAAAUGCGUUACUCAUAGAGUAUAUUUUACACAAUGCAUAAGUAAAAUUGUGUUUGCUACACAUAACAAUAAUAAAUAUCGUGCACAUCACUGUACAAAAUCCAUGACUGCAUGAUGGGCUAAUACUUUUCACCAUAAUACUAAAAGUCAUUACGCCGUGAUCGCCAUACCGCUCACC